CAAAACUCAUAUCCAACAAUUAAAAAUGGUCUAACGAUUUAUAAAUAAUUGUAUUCGACUGUGAAUUUGAAUUGAGAGACUCGAGAGUGAGAAGCGGCCGACUCGUCUCUAUGGACAAAAUCCGAUUGUCAUGGAUAUCUACGAGCUGUCUAUGAGCUAUGAUAUAGCACCAGAAUGAAAUAACAAUAAUGCCGAGUUAUUAGAGACGUCAUCAUAUCUACAAAACUGACACUCUGUCCGAAACUCAAAUAUUCGUUCAGACGACCACGGUAUGAAUCUUUAAAGGCUCGGAGGGGUAAUAUGCUAAAGAAGAGCCGAUUUCUCGGGUUGGAGUCUAUAAAAACGAUUGUUCGUCGGAAUGCUUGACUUGUUUCAAUAACAGUAUAUUCUAUAUAUAUAUUAGAACUUAAGAACUAAAACUUUGACUCUCUGUUGAUGGUAAAAAACAAGCUAAGCUCAAUGUAACAGUUAUUUUUUUAGUUUUUAUAUACCAACAACCAUUACAGACUCAUUAUCAAUGUUAAUAUAGUUAUGCUAUCACCUUGAUAAUUUAAUAUGUACAUACAUAUGUAUAUAUUAAGUGAUAUUUGCAAAUCGUGAUUGGAACACCCUGGUGUCCAAUGAGUAUUAUGUCACAAGACAAUCUCUUACCAAAUCUUUAACAAGACUUUAAAUUAACACAUUUUCCAUAAGCAAAACAUUGGCUUUGGAAUUCAUUAGCGGUUUGAACGUAACUUAACUGCAAGUACAUAACUUAUUAAGUGAGGUUUAAUUGUGAGAAUAACUAAAACAAUGUGUCAAUACGCAUGUGUGGCACAAACUACUUGCCGACAAUGAGAUGUCGUGGCAUUCAAAUCACAAUGACUACACAUUUGGCAUUCAAAUAUUAGAGAUUAGCAACAACUACGAACAGUUGACAAUAUGUUGUCGCGCUCUUUUGUUAUCAAAAUUUACAUCUUCGUAAGCGUGUUUAUCAAAAGCUUCCACAUAGCUGCCACAUACUUACUUUAUCCUAACACCAGCUGGCUGCAGUUAACGGUCUCCAUAUCAUAUCCGAUUAUUGACUUAUCGUUGCAUCGCACUGUUCUCUUCGAUUGGGGCUUUCAAAUGAACUACGACUUUCCAUUUAGCCCCACGUCUUUCUACAAUGCUCCUAUUUGGAAGUUGGAGAAACGUGAUGUGCACAACAACAACGAUACUCGAAGCUUUGAUAAAGCAAACUUCAAUGAUUUCGAAGCAAUGGAGUACGUUGGAGCAUUUAAAAAUUGGUUAGUUCCAUCAAAAGAUAAGCAUUUCUUCGACUUCACAGCUGGUGAAUUGUAUAACGCAUUGGAAAACGUAAUAGCAAGCUAUGGCUUUCACUCCAGUUGUUUGCUCCAAAGCGUCUGCGAUAUCGCUAAAUAUCCGUUUGAUGCCGAAGAACGUCACUUAAUACGUGAUUUGCUCACAUUUAUACUUACGCCCUCAUUGCAUUCGGGUUUCGCCGCAAGCGAAGACGUGCAGCGUAAAGCUUACGAGACAGCAGAAUGGAGUGGUAUGCGUGGUUUAAAUUGCAGAAGACUCUAUCCAGCUUGUAGAAGGAAUUUCCUGCGUAUUAUCUCAAAAGUAAUUUUCGACAAUACAUGAUUAUGUUAAAUUUGAAAAGUAAAUAUACCAUUUAUAACUGCAUAAUAUUAAA